UUCACUUGUUUACUCAGAGUUUUUUCCCACUUCUUUGCUACUCUUCUGUCAGAUUUACAGAAAGCGUUUAUCAUUUUUGAGCGUGCAGCCUCCAGGUGCGUGGGCGUGCACUUUAUUAUCAGUGGUAGUCAGCUUUUUCUCCCCCUUUUUUGCUCUUUAGUUUUUGCGCAAUCAGUCAGUUUUACUUCUGCGAGCCUCUGCGCGCCUCCGACUCUUCUCUCCAGCAUGGAUUUAAUUUGGAUUGCGGGCUUCGUUGCGACCUUCUGCGCCUGGUUUGCCUCGGCGGAGCGGCACAGCGUCUACUGGAACAGCACCAACCCAAAGUUUCAACGGGACGACUAUGCCGUGGAGGUGAAGCUCAAUGACUACCUGGACAUUGUUUGCCCUCACUACCCUCUGGGCGAGGUGCCGCAGGUGGACGCCGAGCGGUAUGUGCUGUACAUGGUGGAGCGUGAAGAUUACGAGUCCUGCAAGCCCCAGUCCUACGACCAGAUGCGCUGGGAGUGCAGCCAUCCAUUUGCCCCUCACGCUCCAGAGAAGUUCUCCGAAAAGUUCCAGCGUUUUACUCCAUUCACCUUUGGGAAGGAGUUCCGCCAGGGAGAAAGCUACUAUUAUAUCUCCAAACCUUUGCACCACCACGGCAGAGAGUGUCUCAAGCUGCGGGUGGACGUCAUUGCAGCUGAUGGCUCCCAGGAGGCCAGAGUCGCCAACAAAGGUACAGGCGGGGGUGGAGUUGGAGCAGGGGGUGGUGUUCACAACCCUUCCAACAGACCUGCAGCAGAUGACCCAGUUGCAGUCCUUCCAGAUGUCCAAAGUGUCCACUCUGCGGCUGCGUCUACAUCACUCUCGGUCGUCUCAUUGCUAGUCCCUUUACUACUUUUGUUACACUGAAAAGAAGCGAAAAGACUUACUUUUUUCAGGGACUGGAGUGAAGACAGUCUGUCGGGUUGGAAACCACGGACUUAAAAUAAAAAUAUUACCCAAUGCUGGCCGCUGGGAGAGACUUUCAGAACUUGUAAAGUAGAGAUGGACCCUCAUUGAACAUUUAAGACAAAGUUUUUGUGCUUUGUCUUUAGUUUCCAGAAGAUCAAAGUAUUUUUUUUUUUGAAAGCCAAGCCCUAUUUGAGUUGUAUUUGUCUGGAGGGCUGUGCAACAAAAUGUUUGCAGGACACAUGGCUUCUAAAACUAUGAAGAAGAAGAAGAUCUCAAGAUGGAUGAAGAACAACCAAGAGCACAAACACUAACUUGACCGUCUAGGAUUUGGAUAUCUGAACUCGAGCCAAAGAUCAGCCCUCUUUCUAACUUGUACACUAUUCCACCUUUGAAUUUUGUGUACUGAUUUGUCGUGUUAUUGUGACUGAGUGCUGUUGAUGUCUCAAGUGAUUACUUUUCUCUAAAUGUAGCAUUCAUUCACACGGGAGCUGUUCUCAACACCGCCAUCACUUUGUGGACCAUGUGCUUACACACUGUAGCACUAACGAACUCGCAUGCAGCGGCUUUUAGAAGGCUUCACACACUGGUUACGACGACAAGCUUUUAAAAUAAAUCACUUUUCAGAUCCUUUUCUGUAGAACAUGUAACAUUUAGCCUGCACAAUUCGACUGAAAAACAAAGCAAUCG